AUGUCCUUUGCAGAAGUGCGCAGGGAGCUGUCGAAGUUGAAGCUGCCUGCAUCUAAGAUCCCUGAGUACGCCCAUGUGUGGGACAAGCCCCACCCCUGCGCCCUUGCCAGUCAUAAGCAGCGGGGAAAGAAAAACACCGAGGAAGCUAGGGGGGUAGCACUGCCUGAAGCAGGACAGGGCGCCAGCGCAAUAGACGACGAAGACGAAGACAACAGCAUGGAUGAGUUGAAACCCGUCGACAGUGAUGCCGAGCCGUCCAUAGUGGCUGAGCCGUCAACGGCGCGCAACCCUGCUGGAUUACGGGAGAUGCAGCUAAGGGAGGGUGGUGCCACCUACGAACGUGCAACGGCUGCAGGUGAUGGUCGGGUCGGCAUGGGUGCUGAAUCCCGGGGCUGUUUUGUGUCCACGCGGAGAAUGUUGAAUAACACCAGUUGGGAUGAAAGGCUGGUUCCUAUUGACCUAGAAACCACGAUGGGGUCAUUACUGAAUUUCCUUGGGGAGCCGGUCACCGCAUGGAUGAAUGCGCCACAGCAUUUAUUCCGGCGUCGUCAGACGACCUACAUCAACGUCUGCAACGCUUUGGGGGCCCAGCCCCACCCUUCACUGAGGUCACAGUACAACAGUCUGCGGGAGCAAACGAAGAAGGUGGCUGACAGGUACCGUGGCGAGGCAGCUGCCUUCCGACAACAACACGAGGAUAUUAUGAAGGUCCAGCAAAAGCUCCUAUCUGCUGCCGAAGAGCUGCAGGGCGAAAUGGACGCACUGUGGUCAGCUGCUGCCGUACGGGAGCAGUCAGCUGCGCAGUUAGAGCAGAAGGAAAAAUUUGACGCGCACCAGCUAUUCCGCCAGCAGUACGAGCUGGGCACCUCAUUUACGUUAGAAUCACGCGACGUUGAACCUUUCGCGCCGGCCUUCUUCACCACGGAUGUGGUGAAUGCAAGGACAUUGCUGGAGCCAGCAGAUCAGCCAGGCGCGGCCAUCACAGUCGCGGAUGCUCCAGACCUUGCCAAGGAUAGGGUUGCAUGCAGGUGUGCGCAAGUGAUGGAUGAACUUAUCGGUGUAGCGAAGCCGAUGGGGUUCAUCGAUCGGACACCUCCGCCCACCCCUAACCCCAGCAAGACACGUGGACUGGGCAACACGGUGGACGGCAGCAGUGCUGCAAAAGCCGCUGAGGCGCUGGAUGCGGCUGUGGACUGCCAUGGUGAGGACAACGGCAUUGGACAAGUUGCAGCGCAUGAUGGCUGUGCAGCUGCUGUGCUCCUUGAAAGUGCCUCGCUGCCAUGUUCAUGCAUCACUAUACGGCGGUGGUAA